UCAGACAAAUGGCGUCUCUGUAAGACCGCGGACUCAUCAGCUGAUUCUCCCGAACUGCGCGGAGGAGAGACGCGGGGAGUGAAAACACGUCGCCUCGCCGGACUCACGGCUCGACAGCACGCUUUGUGAGAAACGUAGAAGAUUUGUCACAGGAUAUGUAAUUGGUCUUGGUGAGAUGAGGAUCUCUAAAGGUGUCUGGGUGUGAUACUGGAGAUUUCUGCAAAGCCUGAAAGAUACACACACAGAGCGAACCAGUACUGUAGAUAGCAAGCUACUGUUAGCUGCUCAACGUCCUUUGGCAGGAAUCUGUGCUGUGCGCGCGCACACACGCACACAGAGCCAGUUAGUAGCUCCUGAACCCUGGACUGUCACGAGCCACAUCUUUGAAGCAAAGUCGUGAAGUCAGGAACCAUGACGACGGCUCGUUAUAGGCCAACCUGGGACCUGGCCCUGGACCCGCUGGUGUCCUGUAAGCUCUGUCUUGGAGAGUUCCCCCUGGAGCAGAUGACCACCAUCACACAGUGUCAGUGUGUGUUCUGCACUUUGUGCCUAAAGCAAUAUGUGGAGCUUCUCAUUAAGGAGGGCCUUGAAACUGCUAUUAGCUGUCCGGAUUCUGCCUGUCCAAAACGUGGACAUUUGCAAGAACACGAGAUCGAGUGCAUGGUGGCGUCAGAGAUAAUGCAGAGAUACAGGAAGCUGCAGUUUGAAAAAGAGGUGCUGUUGGACCCAUGCCGGACAUGGUGCCCAUCAUCAUCGUGCCAGGCCGUGUGCCAGGUGAAGGAGGCAGACUCCGCCCGGCCGCAGCUGGUACGCUGUGGUAACUGCACGCUGGAAUUCUGCUCUGCCUGCAAGGCCAGCUGGCACCCAGGCCAAGAGUGCCAGGAGAACCCGCCCAUCACUGCCUUUCUGCCUGGCGAGAGCAGUUCUUUUUUUAAAAGCGAUGACGAUGACGCUCCUAUCAAGCGCUGUCCCAAAUGUAAAGUAUACAUCGAGCGAGACGAAGGUUGUGCGCAGAUGAUGUGCAAGAACUGCAAGCAUGCUUUCUGCUGGUACUGCCUGGAGUCUUUGGAUGACGACUUCCUCCUGAUCCAUUACGAUAAAGGACCCUGCCGCAACAAGCUGGGCCACUCCAGAGCCUCUGUGAUUUGGCACAGAACGCAGGUCAUCGGUAUCUUUGCUGGUUUCGGCCUGCUCUUGCUGGUAGCCUCUCCGUUCCUGCUGCUGGCCACUCCGUUUCUACUGUGCUGCAAGUGUAAGUGCAGCAAAGGGGACGACGACCCCUUACCAACCUAACGGAUGCCACAACUUUCAUCUCCUUUUGUUUUCUUUUUUCCUCUUCCCCCACACACACACACUCCGGCUUGGAGCUCUUGGAGCGCAUUUGAAGCCGCACUGCGGCCCAUCUCACGCCACAACUUGGCUCGGUUCCAGGAGACUGGUAGCAGAUAAGCGGGCAUGCUGGCAUGACGACCCCAGGCAAGACCUUACUGGAUGUAACAGUACAUGGGAGCGGUGGUGUCGCCAGUCGUGCACUGUCUGAUUCUUAGGGAACUUGAUUUGUAUAGCUUGAUGCCUGUUCUAGCUGUGGGCUUCGGGAUAAAUAGUGGGUCUGCUUGUGGAGGGCUCAUUAAUGAAAUACGUACUCACACUGCAAUUCCUGUAGCUCUGUGUGUAUAGUAGCACUGGGUCACUCAACACUUUACUGGUUUUUCACUUUAAUUGGACACACAAGUGGCUUUUAGGUUACUUUUCAGCCUACUGUGUGAGUUUAAACAAAUUUACAGUGUAUUGUUUAAUUAUAAAAAAAUUUAUCAUGUUUUUUGUUCUUAGUAAUGGAAGGGUUAACUCAGCAAACUCUCACAUCAUCAUGGCUGCUAUAAGCAAGAACUUGUCUGCUGUGUUUGUUGCAUACCAUUAUUAAAUUUUAUGAUAGCAUAGUUUUAUUUCUUCUAAUGACUUAUUAGAUCAGAUAUUUUAUGUUUUUAAAGCAUGUGGAAUUAUUCACAAAGCACUUUACCAAAUUGAUUGAAAUAUUAGGAAAAUGGCCCACCAAAAAUAUUUUAAAUGAACAACAUUCAAACCUUCUGACCAACUUUUAAAGAUGUAUUCGGCUCUCAUGGACUUUUCUCUUUUUUUUUUUUUUUCUUUUUUUUUUUUUUUUUGUCCAUGUACAUUUUUACAUGCACCUGACACGAGUCAUAAAAUACUUUUUGGGAAAGAUCCGUUAAAUAAAUUUGAUGCAUACAUGCAAGUUAAAAUUUUCUGUUUCGAAAUGUGCAUGACCUGCAGCAUUUGCACAAAACCAGACAUAUUGCUGAAGUUAAAAGUGUUUAAAAAAAAAUCACUGAUAAGAAGACAAACCAAAUUAGCCACAAAAUUAGGUUGCCAUUUGUAGUGUUCAAGUUGAUACUUUUAAAUAAUAACUAAUAUAAAAAGUACUAGUCAAUUAAUACCUCAUCAACUUUUUCAUCAGAUUUUACCUUAAAUUGGUUUUUAGGAGUUGCCAUCUUUGAAACUGUUGUCCUACAAAAACUGUGAUUAAAAAGUGACACCAAAUGUCUCCUCUUUGCAGAAUUUAUUCCCCCCUACACAAACACCAAAAAACACACACCAUUUUCUCCUAAAUUUACUCAUAGCUAGUUACUGCAGAGCUCCCUGUUGGCACCCUUCCAUCCAGGCAUCAACUACCAGCCAGGGAGGGUGGAGACUACUGCAUGCUUCCUGUGAGACACGCUUCGGCAGUCAACCAAAACUUUUCCAAUUGCUGCUCACACAAAGUUAGGGACAAUGCAAGAAAUUGAUAUCCCUCCUCUUCUACUAUCACAAGCUCACAGACAUGUUGAUUGGCUAGUGUCACUAAGAUCGAUGCAACUGCUCAUUUUUCUGCUAUGUUUCCUUUUCAAACACUAUAAUUCUAAAAGGUGUGUGUGGGGGGUAUGUGUGGCGGGGGCUCACUUGAAUAUUGGAAUUCUUUCAUGUGGCAAUUCUCAUAUUACCACACUGACUUCAAAAUAGGUUUUCAACAAUUUAUUUUUAAUUCAAAUAUGUUUGCAUUUGAGGUGGCAAACUGUUGCAGUCCCUCUAUAAUCUUACAGGGGGUUUAAACUUUAACACAUUGGCAGGCAGCACAGCAUCUUUGAGAAAAUUAUUAGCUAAAUUUGUUUUAGAAUUGUAACAAAAUCUGAAAAAUGUUUAAUAUCGAAUCAGGAUAUUUAUAAAACCGUGAUGCUUACAGAAUGGCGCAAUAGUAUCCUAAUAGUAUCCUAAUCGUUAUUUCUAAACACGACUACGUAUGCCUUUUCUAAAAAAAUUCAUAUUAAAAAGACAUCCAGUCAAAUUAAACACCACAUUUAGGUGUUUAAUUUACUGUUAUAUGAAUUUUUUACUUACUUUACUACAGGUACCUUACUCACUGUUAUGUUUAAUUAUUCAUCCAUUAUAAUAAUUACACAUUUAUUGCAAUUCUCUAAGAUAAAAUAUAAGCUGAACACAUCUUUAAAGUCAUCCCCACAAAAGAGCAGCGCACUACUAAUCGGUGCUUAUGCUGUACAGUACAACAUACUGUACAGCUAAGGAUAUCAGGGCUCAGGAGGUUGGAAACUUGCAUGUGCAUGGAAAUUUCAAUAAAAAAUGUAGUCAGUGUAAUUCUGGCAGGGAUUAUAAACUGAUUUCAUGACUGUUUUGUCCUAAUUGAAGUCUAGCUUUCUAUCUAUGCAAGUUUGACCAACUUGGAGGCAAAACAGCACCUCCUACUAGGCACAAAGAUGUAUUGCAGACAAGUGUCUGGCUCGCCUUGCUAUCAAAAGCUUUAGAAGCCUGUACCUAUUAGAAGCUUGUUAUAAUCAUUUUUGUCAUGAUAUGCACUUAAAUGGGGCCAUAUGUAGUUAUAUCUUUUUUUUUUUUUUUGGGUGUCUGGACUCAUCAUAUCAAAGAUAAGAGAACGUGGUGCAGCCGUAUGGUAUGUAGCUACGUGUAGUUAGGUGCCAUACUAGUGGUGUAAUAUAACUUUAUCUUACAUUCAUUCAGUAGUUUAUGUGUGAACCUGUUCCAUAUUGUUAUUUGAUGAAAGCAGUUCUUCAGUAGCUAUCAGCAUUAAGACAGUUUUAGCCUUAAGUUCAGAGUACCUCACCUUACACUUGUAGCUUUGUUUUCUAUUAUUUACUCUCAGGUCAGCCUGAAUAAAGCAGUUUAUCACUGUUUUUUUAUAUAUAUUUAUAUUUAAAUAUAAUUUUGUGGGUCAUUAGUGGAUGAUUUUGUGCCAAGCAAUGCUAUUAAAUGCUACAAUUUCUUAUAAUGCAAAUGUUUGCUUGUAUAUUUUGGCCCCUUGAUGUUCUUUAAUCAGAUUUUAAAUGUGGCUGACUCAUGCAAACGUGUGUGUUUUACGGAUUUGAGCUUAGAUGAUAAAUUGAUACACAUUGCAAAAAAUACAAUCUGAGCUAGUGGGAAUUUAUGGAAUAGAGUCAAAUAUUAAUGUUUAGACUAGUAUUUCUUGUUAUAAGAUUACAGGAAACAAAAUAUAGGAUUAUUAAAUCCGUUUCUAGACCAAUGUUGUACUUGGAAUAGUCUUGUUUUGUUAAAAUCUCCAUUAUUAUGGGAAGCUUCUCAAAUUCAAGCAUGCCGAAUUAUUUAUUUGAUUCAUAAUAAAAAAAUUUAAAAAGUAGUUUAAUUUUCCCCAUAUUCCAGAUGCAUUCACUUCCUUUUAUCUUUUUUUAUUUUUUUAUGGAUUUUAAUUGAGCUCACUGACUACACUGAGGAACUUUAACCUAAUAACCAUAUUUAGGAGAUUAACCUUUUCUUUAUCAGCUUCUUAAUAUCAAUGUGUAUUGCAGAAGUAAGUUUUCCCCACACAGGCAACAAUGUUUGGCUCUUGCACAGAUGUAGGAAGUAAAUUGGUUUUGUUUGUUUAGCAAUGUGAAGUCUUUCUGACAGCUUGGACAGCGUUAUUUUGUAUAGUUUACAAUUGUUAUCUUUUUAUUGCAUGCCUAUAACCCUUUUUAUAGCUACUGUUUGUUUGUGAGAUUUCUAUGUUUGUAACUCUCCCGCGCUGCCUAUUCCAGAUCUUUUCCACCUGUACACUUGCUUUAUAAGGAGAUAAUGUAUGACCAUUAUGUCAUUUGGAGGUCUUUGGCAGUGUUGUAACCUUGCUCUAGAAACUGCUGUUUCAUGACCUUUAAUGUGUACUUUUGUUUUUGAUACAUCAUAGAACAAAAUGUAAGUUUUAUUUUUUAAAUAUCAGGAAAAAAAAUACACAUCCUCAUCCGCAGGAUGGUAAACUUGUAUAAUUGCAUGUGUGUAAAGUUCUACAUAAAAAUGAAAUUGCGGUUUCUCUCA